UAUUCACUUCCAGACUUGGAGAGCGCUCAACGCGAUAUUCACUUCCAGACUUGGAGAGCGCUCAACGCGAUAUUCACUUCCAGACUUGGAGAGCGCUCAACGCCUUGUAGACGCCCCUCUGAAUACCUGGGCGUGGUUUUGGCUUAACUGUGUUGGGAAAAAGAAAGGCGCCCUACGCCUCAUCUGUACAGUGUUAGCUUGGCAGCUUGCUAGCACAGAAGCAAAGAUGAGUCAAGAAAUGAAGCACGAGGCAUCCCAACUGAAUGGGACCCCGGCCUCUGAUUCUGCUCAGACGAAAAAGCGUGAGGACUACCUGGAGUGGCCUGAAUAUUUCAUGGCUGUAGCCUUCCUGUCAGCUCAGAGAAGCAAGGAUCCCAGCUCACAGGUUGGAGCAUGUAUUGUUAACCGGGAGAAUAAGAUCGUGGGCAUCGGCUACAACGGCAUGCCCAACGGCUGUGAUGAUGACCUGCUGCCCUGGUCCUGCUCUGCCAACGACAGACUGGAUACCAAAUAUCCCUACGUGUGCCAUGCGGAGCUGAAUGCGAUCAUGAAUAAGAACUCAGCGGACGUGAAGGGCUGUUCCAUGUACGUGGCUCUGUUCCCCUGCAACGAGUGUGCCAAGCUCAUCAUCCAAGCAGGUAUAAAAGACGUGAUUUAUUUGUCAGACAAGUACCACGACAUCCCUGAAAUGACUGCCUCCAGACGGCUGCUUAACUUGGCAGGGAUCCAAUACAAGCAGUUCAAGCCCAAGCGAGACAAGAUUGUCAUCGAUUUUAAUUCUAUUAACCACUCUGGGAUGUUCAACGGAACAGGCUGAACACACUCACCUUGAGAAAGAAAGAAGAGGGAAAGAAAGAGUGGGUGCUUUGAUGUCUACUCCUCCCCUAACAACCUACCACGACUAGAGGAACUAGUAGGAUAUCUACUGUAAAAGUUAAAUCAUAUAGAAAAAUGUCAUUGUAAAGAUUUUGUUUGUCUUUUACAGUGCGAAAUGUUUUUUUUUUAUUGACUUGUGAAUUUACAUGGGGUUACUUUUACUGUGGUCUCUUUCGAUUAUUUUUUUUCAGUCAGGAUACUCUUUCCAAUCGUUACUGUUUUAGUCAUUCUAAAGGUUAGACAAUGUCACAAAUGGUGGGAGUACUGAAACACUAAACACAUUGUGUGCUACACAUGCAAUGUCAACCAAAUAAACUAUGAGCAAUGUUUUUUAAAAUCAUUCAAGUGUACAGUGUUUAUGAAAAAAUAUAGAAACUGCUAUAGC